CCAAUUAUUUUGCGAUGUUCACUUGUAUUACAGAUUUGUCAUUCGUCUUGUAAAAGAAGUAUGGAGAAAGGAAAUCUAUCAGAAGAUGAAAACGACGCAAAGUAUGAAGGUUUGCGAGAAUUCGUUAUGGAGACUAUGGUAAAGUUUAGUAAUGAAUUGAAAGAAGUUAAAGUCAGGGUGGAGACCCUAGAAAGUGAAGUUGAGUCCGGAAAGGGAGUUAAAAGAAAGUUAAUAGAAGAGGAGAGUGAGGAGGAGGAGGAAGAAGAAGAAGUUGCCUUGUCGGUGGAUGAUUUGAAAGAAGACAUGCGAGAGAAAGUCGAGGAAGUAUUAGAGGGCAUCACCUACCGUCCAGAGAAAGAGAAAGUCAGCCAACUUCAGCUUGCAUAUAUCCAUUAUUGGGUAGGGGUGCAGGAGACAAAUACACCAACAAAAUUGGUGGAUAUCCAAAAACUGAUCGAGGAGGGAGUGCGGGAUAGAAUUUGGGCCCCAGAGUGGAAGCCGGACAUUAAGGGCGAUUUUGCACUCUAUUUACAAGAGAAGGUGAAAAAUAUCGUGAAGAAGAAAAGAGCGCAAAGAGAGAAAGCAAGACUCCAGAAGGAACUUGAAGAGCUGGUGGGAGAUAGUCUAAAAUGAACAUUGGCAAAAUUGAGAAGCGUUAAUUGUGAAAAGAAUUCUUCUAAGUUUUCAUUAUUAUUAUUUCACAAUUAUAUGUGAAAGUCUGUAAUUCAUGAUGGGUUGUUUAAUGACAAGGUUAAAAAUUAAUGGCUUAAAUUGAUAUAAAUAAAUGUGAAUCGUUUCAAUUCUUGUAUU